CAAAGAACCCUUCCCGCGCGAGGACUCAGGGCCAAGCACUUCUUAUCAAAGCAUAAUACGCCUAUUGAGCUGUCUUGGUUAGUUAGUGGGAAUUCUUAAGGAAUUGGGAGCUCUGCGCUGCGAAGAUGGGAUUCGCCUUAGCCGAUGACGUACUUUGUAUGAUCUUCGAUAUCCUGGGAGAUGAGCGAGACCACAACAGCUUAUUUCAAUGCGCCAUAUCCUCGAAAUACAUGACCGCCCACGCGCUAGCUGCGUUGUAUAAGGUGUGCCAUGCGUCACCCGUACGGGGUGGAGGGACGGAGGAUGAACAAUUUCUCAACCCGCGCAGACGCUUUACAUUUAAUGCAUCCUUGAGGCGUGAGGUCGACCCCACCGUACGGAAGUGGGCAACCUUAUGGCGAUCCAUUGUUUUAUCGGCUUUGGGUCAGACCUACCUGCCUUACUACAGCUAUCUUCGUUAUCUAGAUCUGGAUGAUCUGGGAGAUCUGCUGAAAGAUCCAAAUUUCAGCGGGCAGAUACGGGAUGACUUUUUCAUCCCGGAACUGUCAGAGAUUGUUUCUUCCGACUACCAGUCGAAAGGCAACAAGCGGCUACGGUCGUCGUUCAAGGGCCCCGAUCCCGGUGCCGACUCGGUCAAGCUUAAGAUUGGUUCCGCGAUUGUGAAGAAAACGGCUUCUAUACGAGGGAUGUCGCUCAAUGUCCCCCCUGAAACACUAUCCGAAUGGGUAGGGGGACUGCCCUUGCUGCAAUCACUAACGGUAUGGUCUGGCGAAGCUCUAAGCGAACAUACUGGUGCCCAGCUCCGUCAUAACUGCCCAAAAUUUAAGCACCUCACCAUAUAUUCAUGGAGAGACCGUCCGCCCACAACCGCGGAAGCUGAAUCCGAACAGUUUCUCGACCAGUUAAGGCCAAACACAUUGGAAACUUUUGAACUGAUUAGCAUGAGCCAGCUUGGGCCUCGCUCCAUUGUGGGUCUGGGCUCACACCGGCAAUCGCUAUCAGAAUUGAAGUUGACGAGCCUCACAAUCGAUGGCAUUGCACAACUGCCCUCUUUAGCAGCCCUUCCCUCGUUGAGGGUCCUGACUUUAACCGACUCGGUUCCAUCCCCGCGGGAUGAGAGAUUCUAUACGAUUGUCUCGCAAGUUGCCGAGUGGAUCGGCAGCUGCAAAUCAGUGCGGCAGCUGGAAGUGAGACGAUUUGUCGAUGACCCCUUCCUGUUAUCACAGACAUUGACCAGCGAUGGGUUCAACCUGACUAGUCUUUCGUUGUCUCGGUAUAACAUGUCAGGUGCCCAGGCCUUUCAUGAAGCCCUUGCCUGCCAGCAGACUCUGCGAACUCUCUGCCUUAGCGGCGAAGCCUCCUUUUCCAACCAUGACAACGAGGUCCUAGUACAGGCACUGAGCCAGCUGAGUAAGUUACGUGAGCUGGACCUGAAAGACAUUUCCGACGGCUUUUCGCAAGAUCAUGUCAUGGCCUUGACCGCGUUGCUUCCCCGCCUGGAAAAGCUUUGGAUAAGCGGCGACUUUUUCGACGAUACCGUUUUUCAGGCAUUCACACAUCUCUCGAAGCUGGAGAGUCUUGUAAUCCCCGCCUUCAGCAAGUUCACUGCUGAUGGAAUCCUUGACUUUAUCUCGCAGCUAGGGCCCGGUAAUAAAGGCUUCAACCUGUCAAUCCUGAAUGCAGUAGAUAGUACUCUGACCGAGGAGGCGCAACUCCUGAUCAGUGAAACUCUGAAGGCGAAUCUGGACGGGUCCUUUGACUACGGGAUUGUACCAGUGGAAGAUAGUGACAUGAGUUCAGAGGACGGGCUAUAUGUAUGACAUUGUCAAUGUUAACUUAGUCCUGC